GUGGAGUUUCCGUCGGCGAAGGCACGCUGAGCGGACGUGUCGUGUGCUCGUUCCUCCCGCAGCUCGCACGGGGCCUUGCCGCUGCCUGCGUCGCCUCCGUCGCCGCUCUGGCUCCGCCGUCGGGGUUUCUCGCUUCCAUUGCAUACUGAGGCCUGUUUUUUUACGGCCGUAGAGGGAGGAGAGUGUGGUGAAUGGUGUUUCAAGGCUCUCUCUCUCCCCUGGUAUUGCGGAGUGCAAUCGCCCUGACCUCGUGGUUCCGCUGUCAGUGGGAAGAAAGUGUGGGACAGAUAUCGCCUGAAGUGUAGAUAAAGGCGACCGCAGCAUGAUCCCGGAUGACUCUGCGGCCGGAGCCAUGGACGCAGCCAGGGAUCCGGACGUAGGCAUGGAUGAGUCACUAAAGAAAACGGGAUGCCAAGACAACUCGAAGAAAACGGGAUGCCAAGACAAUCCAGGGAAAACGGGAAGCGAGGAGGAGCAGGAUAUUAACGAUAACCACACUAAACUGGGAGACUCGGACGCGCUGGCGAAUGGGGAAGUACAAAGCAAAGAAAGAGAGGAAGUCAAAGAUAAUAGCAAAGAGUUGUGCGAGGAGUCGAGUACUAGAAAAGAUGAGGGUGUGGAAGAGAGUGAUAAUAAGAUGGACACUGAAGAGGCAGACGAUUCUCAAGUGGACGUAGAGGGAAGUGAAGACGAGGGGAAAGAGUCCAGUGAAGAUGACGAGGACAAGUUAGUGAUAAGUGAAGGGAAUGAGAGAGGGACCGAGGAGUCGAACGACGAGAACAGCAAGGGAGACACCCCUUUGGCGCCUCAGAAGGCCCCCAGCCGAUCUCCGACUCCCCAGAGAAGCGAGAAGCGGCCAGCCGAAGAUGAAGCUGCUGUGGGCGUUCCCAAGAAGCGACAGCGGUCGUUGGACGAAAUGGUCUCGCUCGACUCCUUCUCAACCGUGUCGCAGGUGGAGGGCUCCUUGGGGCAAGUUAAGAGAGAUCUGGAGGCCAUUGAAUUCCUGCUGAAACAGAAAGAGGAGGAGUGGAACACCCUGCUUAGACUACAGAAGCGCAAAGAAGAGCUGUACCUCCGGCUGGUGAGGAAACGGCAGGUCCUCCUGAUGAAGAGCGGCCAAGAGGAGAAAGAGGAGGAGCAGGAAGGGAAGACUGACGAAGAGGGAAGUGGAGAAGGAAGUGGCAACCUUCUCUUCUUGCCUCAGGGCGGCUACUCGUCCCUGGGAGGUCCUCAGCUUCCCCUGAUGAUGAUGAGUCAGCUUCUCAGUGGAUCUCAGUCGCCUCAGUCACUACAGGUACUUCCCCAGGUUGUGACCACAAAGGAGGGCAGCAGAAGCAACUCCAAUAAUGGCAAUGGCAACAUCAGCGUGAUUGACAUCCACACGAGUAGCAACAAGCCAGGGGGGGAGGUGCCCAGAAUCUCCAUGUCCUCCGAAGCACACAACAAACUCAGCAAGCAGCUCACCUCGGGGCUCUCCCUCAUGAAGCCCAUCCUGCCCAAGCCGUCGGGGCCUCAGGGCAGCCUGUCCAAUAUUCCGGCAGCACUCUCCACCACUCCCACUGGCCAGGGACCCCAGGGGCCCACCAUAAAUGUCCAACAGUUAAUAGCCGCUCAUAGAAAAGAAAACCCCAAUACUCCGCCCAUUAGUGUCAAAAUCCCCUCCAACAGAAGAGCCACCAGAGGGGCCUGGAGGCACCGUUACGAUGGUGACAAGCGGUCUUCCCGCGAGCAGGACCGUCCCCCCAGUGUGUCCAGCUCCAGCAGUGAGGCAGAGAUGAGAACCUCGGCCUCUGCGAAGGGCAUGCUGGCCAUGAGCGACCCUUCCGUCUCGUACAAAGAUGUCCUGUUGCGUUUUGCUGAACUCACUCAGAUUGAGAAGCAGCCUGGAUCUCCACAGAUCUCUAUAUUCCCUGUGGGAAGUAGUGAAAGCAGUACAAGGAAGUCGGAAGGCAGCCGAGAAUCCACACCCAUAGCCAGGGAGCAGACGCCCACCUCAGUUCCCCCUACAGCAACCCUACCAACAUCCAAACCCUCUUUAGAAGGGCCGUCUGCUCUGGCUAAGCUCCUUUUAGGGUCGCAGGCUGGUGUUACUAGUGGUGGCAAUGUCAAGAUGGUGGGUGAUGCUACAACAAACUCCCAGUACCUCACCCUCUCGGCUCUCCUGUCUGGAGGCUCAACCACGACGGUGAAAGAGAAGUCCUCCCAUUCUCAGUCUGAGAGCAGGAGCAAGAAAUCCAGCCACCACUCGGAGGAGGGGGGUGGCAACCCUAAGUGCCAGGGUUGCCACAAGCAAAGAGCUCAGUUUGUGUGUGCUGGCUGUGGGAACCAGUGGUAUUGCUCCAGGGAAUGUCAGGUUGCUGCAUGGGAGGAGCACUCCGAGCACUGCAGUAACUAAGCUGCAGGGAGGCAUUUCUAAUUACACCAGACCAUUCGCAGAGACAUUCACCAGCGGAAAAGCCACAUGUUACAUUACCUUCAGGAAACCGAAGCAAAUUAAUAAUCAUUCACCUGUGGUUGAGUGUAAAUACAUUCUCUCUCAUGAAAAGUGGGACUACUAUGUAACAUUUUACGGUGUCUUUGUAAAUUUAAACUUUUGGUAAUGUGAUGUUGUUUUAGAAUAUUUUUUUCCCCUUUCUUUUAAGUGACAAAGAACAUUAGUGGUGCACCCAAGUUAAGAUUCAGGUUAAGGUUGGUCUCCAAAUACAGGUGUGUGUGUGUGGAGACUGAAUAAAACUUUGCGCUUCACUGCCUUCACUGCUCUGCGACUGUGUGGAUAAAAGCCGUUCAAAAUGUAUUUUGAUGUUUCAGCUUAAGGCUGUGAAUAUUUGGUAAGAUUUAUUCAGUUCCCACCCCCAAGCCCUUUGAAGAAAGCACUCUUGAUAAUGAUACUGUGAUAUUUAAGUGCAUUUUUUGUAUACAAGAAAAAGGAAGAAACAUGCCAACUAAAUUGCUUUUAUAAAGGUCUUAGGCUGUGUCCAGAAUGUGUGAAAUCCCAGCCUCAUUUUUUAAGGAACUUGUAGUGUUAUAUGACUAUUUAAUUUCAUCGUCUCAGUCCAAUAGAGUUUCACCGAAGUGAAUGUGAGCAGAUAUACCAAUGGCGUAUAGUAUGUGCCAGAUGUUUUGUCAUUGGUCUACUGUUUCCUUUAAAUAUGAUUAAGGAAUUUCAUAGCUCUUUUUUUUUGUAUUUACUAUUUUUAUUCAUUAAAUUUUUUGUUUAAGAGAAA